UGCCCAUCUCCAUUCCUUUUCAUGGUCAGCAGCAGCAGCAACCUCAACCAGAGAACAGUUUCAUUUGCUGCUUCCUCACUUCUUGUUCUUUGCGGCUUCUCCAGAAAUGGAUUCCUGGGCAUCUCUCUGUGCCUUUCUUCUGACCUUCCUCAUACACGAUACCUCUUCCCAAACAUGUCUUUGUGCCCGUGGUUUUUGUGAGACUGGCUGGGUGCAGUAUAUGAAUGCCUGUUAUAAAGUCGAGACGGUACCAAAAAUCUGGACAGAUGCUGAGAUGGCUUGUCAGAGUUAUGGCUGGAAUGCCCACCUUGCCUCCAUCCACAGCACAGAAGAAAAUGACUUUAUUUUUCACUUGAUGGGCAAACCACUGGAUUACACCAAAGGGCAGGCUUAUUGGAUUGGUGGUCAUGACAUUUUCAAGGAGGGAACCUUUGUAUGGACGGAUGGUUCUAGAUUUGAUUUCCAGUCAUUUCCUCCUAAUCAGCCUGAUGGACUCUUUGGAGAAAACUACCUGAUGUCCUGGUAUUUGCAAAAUGGACAGGUCACCUGGAAUGACGCUGCUGUCUCGUGGAAAUUCCCAUCUGUUUGCAAAUACUACUUGGGAAAUGGUAUGUGCUGUGCCUCCUCAGGAUCUGUGCAAGGCUGAUGUGGAAACGCUGGCAUGGAAAAAUUAGUGCAGAGACAGAUUUACUCCAGCCCCAUGGAUUCCUUUUAAAUGUUUUGCUCUUUCCUGGGCAGCCUUGUACCUCUCUCUGGAUCAUUUCUGAAAGGAUGAUGAGAUUCUGGAGAGUGCUUUUCAAAUACUCAUGUUGUGUGGACACCAAUACCACCUACUGGAUUAAAAACUAAAAUGCAUGAAAAUUAAA